AUGGCAACAAAACAGUUACAUGUCAUUUUCAUUUGCAGGACACAAUGGGGAAACACUGCUGGGUACUCAGUAGUAUAGGAUUUGUUCUUGCCGUUCUAGUUCAGAGAACGUUUGGAGUUGCACCGAUUGUAACAACAGAUGACUUUGCGGUAGCAUGCGGAACUGAAGGCCCGGGGAACAUUUACGGACCGAUAGAGGUCACGCUUACUGUCCCGGAUGCAGCAACCGUCGAGAACUACACAGUAUAUGUUUUCACUGACAGUCCAUCGUCAGAUUGUGAGUUUAAUAAAGACUCAACAACGACUUCAAUUGCAAACCCUUCAGUCUCGUUCACUAGUUCGUUCUCUUACUAUUGGGAUGCAGAAUCACUGCCUGGUCCUUCUUACCCCAGCGAAGGCGUCUGUGGUGUUGAAGCAGUAAAUUCUUCACACGUCACCAUGAAAGUGAUGGUUGUCGAGGGGGUAUUGUUUACAGCGGAGGAUAAGGUCUUUAAUAUUGUUUGUGAAUACCAACCAGCAUCCACUGGUAUAGCCAGCGUAAAAGUCGACAACGAGCCUUUGGAAUCAACUGACAAUAUCGAGGCGACGGGUACGCCAAAUGUCCUCGAUCGAAACUACGCGCUAACUAUGCAUACUGAUGCAAGUGGAGAUACAGUUGCAUCUCCUAUUAUCAUAGGAACUCAUGUUAACCUUAGAGUAACGAUGGCUGGGGCAGAUGGAGGAGAAGGAGCAGAUGGUGAUGAAAAUGCGAUCCGUGUAGAUUCUUGUAUCGCCACCGAUGAUGCCGUUACAAAUACCGUAAAUCUUAUUACUAACAGAUGCCGUGACCUAAGUACCGAGGUCAUCUGGAAACAUAACUACAAUGCCCGAGACAGAAUCGGAUUUUUCACUGAUAAUACAGGAGAACUAUCGGAGUCGCCUGCCUUUGAGAUGUUCGCUAUUACUGGCGGAAAUGCCAAGAAUAUUGUUUCAUUUACUUGCGAUGUCGAAGUAUGUAGAGACUUGGCUGAUUGUCAAGGGGAUAACUGUCCGAGUAAGAGACGUAAACGUGACUUUUUACAUCUGACUGGCGUCGACAGAUAUAGACGUAGUAGUGCAACGACUGGUCACGUGUUUCUCUCUACGUCAGUUAUGAUACACGAUGGUGCUGAUGGAAAGGACCCACAGUCGGUUUCUUCUGUUGCAAGUGUUUCAACGCAUUCGCUGUUAGCUUUGAUAUCAGGAAUGGUCAUUGGGACUAUAUGGUCGAGUAUGAAAUAGACCAACUGGUCUAGGAACUUAAUAAAACACGUGUCCAUGCUGUGUACACCCGAUAUAGAGACAAAAUCAAAACAUAUGUAAAUAGUAGUUAUGGUUACUAUUUACAAUUUACAAUUCUAUUUUGUCAUCACAAACUAGACAUUAAAGUUAAAGAAGACUGUACCCUCAGUCUCGAUAUUGCUCAUUUUAACUUAAUCAUUAAAUUAGAGGUUUUGAUCACAAAUGAGACCUUAAAGAAAACCAUACUAUCCCGAUAUUGCUUGGGGCUUUUAGGGUACAACAAUAGACAUGUAUCGGCACAAAAAUGCCGAUUAAGAUUGAUCUGUAAAUCGAUUUUUAAGGAAUGUACUGUAUCUUAAACAUCAUUCUGUGCAAAAUUAAUAUUAGUCCAAAAUAUACUUGUUAUCAUAUACAUGUAGUUUACCUUGUCGAUUCGUAU